AUGAAGUUGCAUCUGUGCCUGGGUGUCCUCCGCUGUGAGGAGGGCCACAGUGGCCCCACCUAUGAGUCCAUGAAUGACGUGUUCAGCAAGAAGUCCUUCAGGCCAGCUGUCAACCUCAGCAACCCCACCAUCGCCAACAUCUCCUUCACACUCUACGCCGUGCUGGGGGUGAAUGAGAAGACUCAGAUUCUCACAACUUUCCUUUGGCUCAGAUUAUACUGGUUUCAUGAGUUUCUCAUAUGGGAUCCUGAAGAAUGUGAUGGUGUGACCAAGAUCUCCCUUCCAGUGAAGGACCUUUGGAUGCCUGAUAUCAUCGUGUACGAAUUUGUGGACGAUGACGUGUCCCAGGCCUGCCCCUACGUGUACGUCAACCACACGGGCCACAUCCGCUACGACCGCAUGCUGCGGCUGGUGAGCGCCUGCAACCUGGAGAUCUUCAGCUUCCCCUUUGACAUCCAGAACUGCACCUUCACCUUCGGCUCCUACAUGCACACCAUAAAGGACGUGAGGGUGAGCCCAGCCCUGUCGUUCGAGGAGAUAUCUGGGAACUCUAAGCAGUACCUGGAGGCCAGCGGGGAGUGGGAGCUGGUGGACAUCCUGGGGGAGGCCAGCGUCCUCCGCUUUGGCAUCGACGAGUGGGACAUCAUCACAUUCUGGGUGGUGAUCAAGCGGCGGCCCAUGCUGUACGUGGUGAACCUGCUGAUCCCCAGCUCCUUCCUCAUGCUGAUCGACAUCCUGUCCUUCUACCUGCCGCCCCACAGCGUGGACCGCGCCUCCUUCAAGAUGACCCUCAUCCUGGGCUACACCGUCUUCCUGCUCAUCAUGAACGACCUGCUGCCCAGCACGGCCAACGGCACACCCAUCAUAGGUAUCUACUUCUCGGUUUGUCUGGCCCUGAUGGUCAUCAGCCUGCUGGAGACGGUCAUCAUCACCAACGUGCUGCACCACAACUCCAUGAAGUACUGCGACGUGCCGCGCUGGGUGCAGGUGGUGGUCCUCACUUACAUCGCCCGCCUCAUCUGCUACAGGUGGCCCGAGGAGGACUCCCCCCGCGCCCGCGAGAAGCCAGACGCCGCUGCACCCCACGCCACCCAGCCGCCUGCCCAACCCACAACCAUGACCACACCUCAGACACCCCGAAACAUGUCUGGAUCCCUGCCAGCUUUGGCCAUGCCGAUGCCGGAGCUCAGCCAGAUCUGCCAGGACGUGAACGUGAUCCGUUCUCACAUCUCGGAGCUGCAGCGGGAGAGCGCCAUGCAGGACCAGUGGUGCCACGUGGGCUACAUCCUGGACUUCCUGCUCUUCCGCACCUAUCUGUUCCUCAUCACCUGCUACGCCUUCGUCAUCAUCUGCAUGUGGUGCAUCUGGAUCAACCAGUGAUGCAGCACGCUCACACACACAGUCACACACAGAGUAGUUUGGAUCAACACACGAUUGAUUCGCACAAACACUGACAGAUCUUAUAUGGAUCAACUAGUGAUGAGACGCACGUACACAUUUCAUUUGAAUCAACUAGUGAGGGGACGCGCACACUCGCUCCAUUUGGAUCAAUCAGUGAUUUGCACACACACUCAAAUUUUAUGUGGAUUAACUAGUGAUGGGAGUGGCACGAACGUACAUACACACACAUUUCAUUUGGAUCAACCUGAUAGGAUGCAUGCACGCAAUCAAACAGAUUU